AGCGGCAAUGCGGAAGAUAAUAAACAGCGGCGGGGUGUGUGAGCGUGUGUGAGGGAGUGUAAAACCGCGCAGAAGGGCGAGCUACGCCACGAAAGAGGGGUUCCCCUUACCGACAGCCAAAGAGCGCACAGGCGGCCAGAGGCGUUUCCCAGCUCAGAGUAACCAGCGGGGGACCCGGGGAGGAUCGGCAGGACUCCCAGAGUACCGGGGAGACUCCGUGGGAACUCUCUCACAGUGAAAUGACCAGAUUUGAAGGCUGAGCCGAAGCGGAGUUUCGCUUCUCGUCGUUGCGCCUCUACGGCCAGAUCUCAAAUGCCUAAAGAGUGCCGGAGAAAGUCCUCCAAGGACUUCGGGUUUUCUGGGACUGGGAUAAGCGAUGGAGGCCGUGUAGAGAGAAGGACGGCCGGGAGAUCUCCACAGAUCUGCACGGAGCACAUCCAGAAAGCCGCGAUCGUCGCCGCGCCGCCCGCCGCGCCGGCGCUCAUGGAUGCGCCCUUGGUGCCGCAGGUCACCAUCACUUCGGAUGCGGGCGGCACCUCCAGGGAGAUCCAGGAGGAAGACCUGGACGGGGCUGUGGACGGAACCCUGCGCAGGAAGCUGUCCAACUCGUCCAUCUCCUCCACCGGAUCCUCCGCGGUGGAGUCUGAGGAUGAUCUGCUGAGCGACACCGAGACUCAGAGCAAAGGCCUCGUCACUCUGGAGCACCUGGUGUGCGCAGAGGUGAGCGAGAGUAAAGCUUGGAAGAAACUGAAGACGUACAUCCGCUGGCCCUUGCAAGCUUCCCAAAAGAAGAAAGUAAACUGGGUCCAGCUAGCUGGCCAUAAGGGAAACUUCAAAGCUGCAGAAGAGGGUACCAUUCUGAAAAAGCUAUCAGAGAACGAGAAGAAGUGUUUUGAGGAUCUGCAAAACGACGCGCUGGUCCAUUUUGUGCCGCGCUACCAAGGAAUUGUGGAAAACGACGGAGAGUUCUUCGUGCAGAUGACCGACCUGCUGGCUGGCCUCAACCAUCCAAAUGUGAUGGACUGCAAAAUGGGAGUGAGGACAUACCUGGAGGAGGAGCUCGUCCGGGCGAGAGACCGGCCCAAGCUUCGGGAGGACCUGUACAAGAAGAUGAUGGAGGUGGACAGGGAAGGUCCAACUCCUCAGGAGCAUUUCCAACGUGGCAUCACCAAACCUUGCUACAUGCAGUGGAGGGACAGCAUGAGCUCCACCAACACUCUGGGCUUCAGGAUAGAAGGCAUCAAGAAAUACGACGGCACGUGUCGAACCGACUUCAAGAAAACCAGAUCGAAGCAGGACAUCAUCAAACUGUUCAAGGAAUUUGUCGAAGAGGACGUCAGCAUCAUUAAGUCUUACCUGGAGAGGCUGAGGGCGAUCCGGGACGCGCUGAAAAUAUCCGUCUUCUUCAAGAAACACGAGGUCAUUGGCAGCUCUCUCCUCUUCAUCCAUGUCUGCGGCCGUGCCAAUGUCUGGAUGAUUGACUUUGGGAAGACUUCAGCUCUGCCUGAAGGUCAGACUUUACGGCACGACGUUCCCUGGCAGGAAGGCAACCGAGAGGACGGAUACCUGUGGGGUUUGGAAAACCUCAUCCUCACGCUGGAGGCUGCUGGCAACGAAGGGAGCGGAGAAGAGACCGAAAACAACAGCCUAACUACAGACAGGGACUUUUAAAGGUGGAGGGAACUUCGGUUAUUUUAAAUGGACUCCUCAAAACGACUCUUCGGGUGGGGGUUGCGUACCUUGAUUUGCUUAUAUUGUUCUUUUGCACGUGACGUCACGGUCUUCAGAAAUCCGCCCGCUCCGCCAUGAUGAACGUCAAAACGACCAAUACGCUCCAGUAAACAGACAUCUGUGGUCUAAUAUCGCUUUUAUCUAGUUGAUUAAACUUUAAAAUGGUCGCUGUCGGCUGUACAGACACGCGUGAAAACCUAACUUGUCAUUUUAUUUAUAACUUUUAAUGAGGGAGGUCACGGCGGCGAUGGAUAGCAGCCGUUAAUCAUAAUGACUCGGUGUAGUCGCCUAGCGUUACCAUCAUAUACUUUAUAAGUAAGUAUGAUUAGAAAGAUGAUAUACAAUGUCGCAUUAUGGAGAAGGUACUGGUCUAAACAUUGGUAACCAUGUUAACAGUGCCGCGCCGUAAUGUAGCCUAGCAUGUAUGGGGGAAAAAACUGGUUAGCAUCUCGUCUUGUCCGGUUUUCAGGUUUCUUCGGCGUAAAGGGAAACGCCGUUCAUGACGUAGUAACAUAAAUCAUGUCGUGUGACGUCAGGCAAAGUCGACUUGAAUUUGAUCAACACGUCAAAGGAAGGAGGUAUAAAUCGGUUUCUAAGCUAGCUAUUAGUUUGGCGUUACGUAAGCAGGCGUUACGUUUGGUUACGCCUCGUUACGUAAGCGGACACGCCAAACAGACAAAGUUGCUCGCCAUAAAAAAAAAAAGGAAGACAAAUUAGCCUUACUCGAACAAGUAGAAGCCAUGAAUAAACUGGCAAAAAAACAACCUGGGAAAACAAUUCCAGUCGCUCUGUUCAAUACUUCCAUCUCUCACUUAAAAAACUCUCACUUCCGACGACCAUCAUGGCGGCUCGAAUAAUUUAGUUACGCAGUUGCAAACGGUCAUGUAACGGAUGGGCUCCGACCGCAGCAGAACUCGCUAAGUACCGACACUGACAGAAACGGGCACAAUGGACGCAGAACAGAGGGAAG